UCCAGCUAGGUAGGUUAUCUAGGUACCUGUUAAACAAGUUGACUAAUGCUCAUAUAAUUUCUUUCAACACCAACUUUCAACAUCCUCAAAUUUACCAAUAAUUUGUACUCACCACAUAUUUCGGCACGGACAGAGUGCGAAAUAUCCAUAUGUUACAGGUACUCAGGUAUCUAUCUUGAACAGGUACCGUUAAACCUCGCGACUUCCUUGUCAAUUAACCCGGACUAAUUUUCCCAGCGCCUAAGGACACGACCGCUGAAUCAUAAUGCACAAAAAAUUCGCACAGAAAUCCUUCUUCCGUCCAAGUCUCCCCCACGCUGCCUAGAAAGUCAACUUUUUGGUUUUUCGUCAUUCAAUCUCCAUCAUUGUGCAGAAGCACCGACAAGAUGAAUGCUCAGGGUAUGCAGCAACACCCUCAAGCUGCGGACCAGGCUCACGUGGGGCCUAACAACGAAAAAAACGCAGGAUCAGAAGCACCUGUGCCUAACGAAAACCGCUUCCCGGAAAUCGAGACCAUCAGUACCCAAAACACUAAUGACACUUUUGCUUAUUGCGAGGCUCUCUGGAAUCAAUACCAAGCUACUGGAGACGCGAGCUGGCUAGAGAAGCGUCGCUUGACCCUGCAACGCUACCGUUUUGAGUCCGAGUACUUGGGUGUUCAUCUGAUGCAGGGAAAAGACGCCGCAGUGGCUGCACUGGAACAUCCAGGGUCGUACAUGGCAAAUGUAGGGUCUUCGAACAUUGCAGACGAUGUGCCUGCAAUCGCAGAUGAGCAGGUCAUGGCUGAUAACCUCAAUCCGCCGGCAAAUUUGGAAGACAACAUGCCUGUGAAGCCGGAACAGGUUACCCCGGCCACCACUAACCACUGUGGCGCAUCUCUAGCUCAUAAUCCCAAUGAGACCGCACUUUCAAGUGAGAUUUUAAAUCUGAAUGCACCUCAGGCCAUUGACGAACAUCAUAUGGAGCGACUUUUUCGAUGCACCCCACCCAAGGUCGAGCACACCUCUCCAGAACCGCAAACAAUCUCAAUACACGACAAGAUCUCGCAUUCUUGGCCUAACAAUUCAGUACUUCGCUUCAACCUCGAGCAUGUCGGCCCUCCUGGCUACGUGAGCCCUGCUCUCUACUUUAGCUGGUGGAACCGUAGUAUCAACCAAUGGCAGUGGAGACGCAACUGGGGUGGUGUCGACGUGAAGAGGCAUUUCGUUUUGGCAACAUCGCACAAUCUCGCCAUUUGUCGCAAGGCGUUCACCUAUUUGGUAGACCACAAGGACACCCUCGUGCGCCAGCUAGCGGACGCCAAGAAGCUGCCGCUGAGACAUCACCGACAGGACGUCUAG